UCAACACCGGAACAGCACGUGAACGGUGAGCAGCACCGUUCUUCAGCGGUUCAUUGUCCGUUUAAAUGGGUCAGAGGUCAGGAUGGGUCGCUCCUCCAAAGACAAGCGGGACAUUUAUUACCGUCUGGCCAAAGAGGAGGGCUGGAGAGCGAGGAGCGCCUUCAAGCUGCUGCAGCUCGACCACGAGUUCAACCUGUUCUCAGGUGUUCACAGAGCCGUGGAUCUGUGUGCAGCUCCGGGCAGCUGGAGUCAGGUGCUCAGUCGGAAACUCAGAGGGCAGGAGGAGAAGGCCGGCGGGGGCGAGGAGGUGAAGAUCGUGGCGGUGGACCUGCAGGCCAUGGCUCCUCUGCCAGGUGUCACUCAGAUCCAGGGAGACAUCACCAAGGUGUCGACGGCUCAGGAAAUCAUCCGCCACUUUGAGGGUCAGCCGGCCGACCUGGUGGUGUGCGACGGCGCUCCAGACGUAACCGGGCUCCACGACGUGGACGAGUACAUCCAGGCCCAGCUCCUGUUGGCGGCUCUAAACAUCACGACUCACGUCCUGAAACCUGGAGGCACGUUUGUGGCCAAGAUCUUCAGGGGCAAAGAUGUGACUCUGCUGUACUCUCAGCUGAAGAUCUUCUUCAGCGGUGUGACCUGCGCAAAGCCUCGCAGCAGCAGGAACUCCAGCAUUGAGGCCUUCGUGGUGUGCCAGCAUUACUGUCCUCCUGACGGUUACGUCCCCAACAUGUCCAACCCUCUGCUGGAUCACUCCUAUGAUGUGGACUUUAACCAGUUAGAGGGUCCCAACCGCGUCAUCGUUCCCUUCCUGGCGUGCGGCGACCUCAGCGCCUUCGACUCGGACAGGACCUACCCUCUGCAGCUGGAUGCUGGUAAACAGUACCAGUACACCCCCCCCACCCAGCCUCCGAUACGCCCCCCCUACCAGCAGGCCUGCCACCUGCGCAAGAACAACCUGCUGUCCAGAGAAGACGGAGCCGGCCGUCCCGACCAGAGCCCGGACGAGGCGGCCCAGCCCACCUGAGAGCAGCGUCCGGCAUGUUGGGACAAUCAUCUUCUCCGUUAAUAACAAGAUGGAAACCAGUGUUGGUUUCUGAGCCUCCAGAGCAGCUCGGCUUACUCCACCUCGGGUGUCCUUCAUCCACCAUGAUGCUAAGCUAGGCUAACCUGAACCAAUCGCACGCUUUUACUCUUUUUAUUCCGAUUUCACGUUUUCGUUUUUUUUGUGGCAGAUGCUUCCUUCCUUCCAAUUCGGCUCGAGGAAUUGUAAACAUUUUAUAUUUUAAGAAUAAAAAGUAAUCUCUCUGAGGCAAAUUAUUAAACGUGGUUUACGUUA